AUGUCUCCUCCAAGAAGAACUAGAAAAGUUUAUGGUGUUAAAAAAACUCCAGGUCAUCGAUUCAAAUGUUCUAGUUCCGGAUGUCACUAUUCAUUCGUAAAGUAUGAAAAGCUAGAAAAGCACCUACAAGACAUCCACCUUACAACGAUACAAGGAAUAAGGCAUAGUCAAAAUGUGAUACAAAUUCAACACAAUUAUGAUAACAAUACCUUCACUUCAAAAAUUGAUGAAGAAAAAUACCUACCAUUAAAAAACGGGAAUCCUCAUAUUGAAGAAAAAGAAAAAGUAACAACACUUGUUAAAAAGCUUCGUAAGGAAAUUAAAAUACUUGUGAAUGACCUUAAUAAAAAAAAUAAAAUGAUAACAGAGUUAAAGGAAAAAUAUAAAAAUUUAAAUGUGAAAUAUCUCGUGCUUAAAAAGGAUCACGAUUCUGGCGAUAAUCAUUACACAGAAAGCUGA